AUGAACGCUAAUGAGGUGGUUAAGAUGAUGAGAGCGGACGGCUUCACACUUUCACCACCUGACUGGCGGGUUUUGAUCUUAACCCACCGCGGAGACUUCCAGAGGCAACAGCAACUUUAUGAAGAGAUGAAGCAGAUAUGCCCGCAAGAGCCACCAGAGGAGACUUUAGCCAUCCUGCUUCGGUCAGCUGUGAUCGACGAAGACACAGGUGCAAGAGACUGGGUGCUGCAAGAAAUGGACCGAUGUGGCUGCAGCAUCGACUCCGAGCAGGCCCAAAGGGUACCCUCUCUCCGACGAGCCAUCUCCAAUUAUUAUCGGCAGCUCCAACCAGUGCAGGGGGCAUCAUCGCUGCCACCUGAGAAGCUAGCGCCAGAGCCACUUGGGCUGCCCAGCGGCUGGCAGUCCACUGUGGAUCGGAAUAGCGGCAGACCCUACUAUUGGCGAGUUGAUGACCCAACCAAUACAACCACCUGGACGCGACCAAGCUGA